AUGUCUGACCCCAAGCCAUUUACAGAGGUUUACGACAAAUAUCCAAACGCCAGCAUUAUUGAGAGAUAUCAAAGGAGCCUUGACGAAGGGUAUCCGCCAUUCUACGGCUAUUUAGCAGAUAACCUAUUAGCAGAUGGUGGAGAUGUCUAUGUCGUGGCAGCGUGGCAGAAAACUCUGCAGCUUGCGCCAAAUGAGCUGCAAGAGCAGCUUGAUUCAGAAAGCGUAGAACCUGAAGACCCCAUCUAUCUCAUAUCGGUCGAUCCAGAGACCACACCGGCCUUUCAAUGGGACGAGUUUAUCGAUGUUCCUGAGGAGCGUUCCGACGUUCAGCACCCUAGCUUAACCACACCCAGGGGUCCCGGUUUUAUUUGCACCCAGGGGGAAACAGGGUCUGAGGACGAAAUUGGUUGGGUAUACCAGUCUGUGGUGUCUCUGGACCUUGACCAAGUCCAUGGAGUAGAAGGAGGACCUGCCAGAGACGUGUUGAUGCUCGAAUCCAAACAAUUCGAUCUGAACGCGUCGCGUUGUCGCCAGGCAGCCGCUGUCUCGGUGUUGGGCCUUUGGCCCCAAAUUGAGCAGGAAAUCGCCCGCCUCAGGGCGGACGCGGGCCUUUUCUACCUUGCAGAUGCAACAGGUGAACCUCUUCUUUCUAGCACGGUGCAAACCCAUCUAGUCGAGCCCGUCCAUAAUCCCAAGAGGACGCCCAAUGGGCAACUGGUUUCGCCGAAAGUUCAACCAAAUUUUGCCCAUCUAGGCCUCCGUACGCCCGAUACAGCGCUCGUAAGAGCCUCACCCAGUGAGACAGAUGCCGUCGAUCGUCCUCGAUCCCAGAGAUCUCGGCGCAGACGGGACUUACCCGAAAACAAUGUGGAUAUCGCUCAUCCCGGGGGAGCCUACCGCCAUGAACGCCCAAGAAAGCACAAUGGUUCUCCGUACCCAAGCGAAAAUCCACGUCGCAGAGGCCAUCUGAAGGUCCAAAAGAACGCGCCGUAG